GUUCUCUGAUUGUUGUUGGAAGUACUAUAGUGUGUUCCCAGGGGUCUUUUGCUUUUGGCCGGUUUAAAUUUUUUCAAGGUUGGCGCGUAGGCUAUUGCGCGCCAGCUCCGCUCGGUGUAGGAAUACAUUGAGCAUGAGAGCGGAUCCCAUUCCCAAGCCUCCACCAAAACUCGGGAUUUCGCAUGCAACACGCGAAGAGCGUGAGUGUUUUACCUUGUUCCAGCAGCACGAUGGCAGGAAACGCAAGACUAAGGAUAUCCCGGGUUGGUCUCCUAUUCCGCCGAUAGAGUGCCGCGAUGGACCUGAUGAAGCAUGUAACGAGACAAGCGAGACUAAACAAGGUGAGAAACCCAAGCAGAAUGCGUUUGACAGGAUCAUGACAGCAGACCAAAGGCGACGCUCUAAAAAGCGAAGCUCAAAGGCAGUAGGUAACCAGGAUGCCGAAUUUGAUCAAACAGAAUUCGCAUCCAGAUAUUGGCUAGACGAAUCCUUGCCUGUGCUAUCUCGACCAGAGGAAAUAUUUGGAGAUAUUGUCCGGCGCUUCCCCGAGAUAAGUGACUUAGCGAGCAAAAUGGAAAGACCGUUGCGAGUUGCAACUAUGUGCAGUGGCACAGAAGCCCCACUCUUAGCCUUGGAACUUGUAUCGCGUGCCUGUGAAGUUCAAAAAGAGAGCCCCCUCGCAGUUACACACGUCUUUUCAAGUGAAGUUGAACCUUUCAAGCAGGCUUAUAUCGAACGUAAUUUCGCACCGCCUCUUCUAUUUCGGGACGUUCGGGAACUUGGCAGCAGGCAAGCACACACGGCCUUUGGUUCACUUGAAAAUGUGCCGCGUCAACGUGGUGACGUGGAUAUUCUAGUUGCCGGCACGUCAUGUGUUGACUACUCUAAUCUUAACACUUGUAAGAAGACAUUAGAGCAGUUAGGGGAAUCUGGUCAGACGUUCUAUGGCAUGUUCGAGUGGGUGCAAAGAGCACGGCCGCCUCUAGUACUUCUAGAGAACGUAUGUGGCGCACCGUGGAAAGGAAUGAUUCGAAACUUUGAAGCAAUCAACUACCGUGCUCAAGCAGUUCGUCUUGAUACCAAGAAUUACUACCUCCCUCAAACUCGCACUCGAGGCUACCUUCUGGCCAUUGCAGACGAAGUGGCAUUGCCUGAUGUAAUUCAUCGCUGGGAAAGACAACUCCGCGCUAUGGAACGCAAUGCAUCCGCAAGCCUUGAAGCUUUUAUGCUUGACGCCCACGAUCCACGUGUUCAGGCAGCGCGGGAAGACCUCAGCUACAAAAAGAAAGAUAAGGAAGAUACGCCCUGGGACAAGUGUGAGGCGCGACAUGCUCGAGUUCGUAUUGAGGAAAAACUUGGACAAAAGCGCCCGCUAACUAACUGGGUGCAUGGCGUGAAUGCUGCAUCUCUGCCGGACUUCGCUUGGCGCGACUGGGCGGGUGCUCAAACAGAGCGGGUUCUCGACAGUAUGGAUAUAGACUACAUGCGCCUCGUCAAGCGCCGCGAAGAUGCAAACUUCAAGACAAGUGUGUGGGAUUUAUCUCAAAAUGUAGAUCGAUCUGACCCGACCAAAGCUAAGCUGGGAAUAUGUCCAUGUCUCACGCCUUCCUUGUGUGCCUACGUCACUAAUCAGGGCCGGCCCGUCGUCGGUGUCGAGACCCUCGCUCUGCAAGGUAUCCCAAUUGAUGACCUCUUGCUCACUCGUGAGACCGAAGAGAAUCUCACCUCGCUCUCCGGGAACGCUAUGUCUACGACGGUUGUUGGAUCUGCUCUUCUUGCUGCGCUUCUUUCACUUCCCAUGGGCGUCCUUGGGCGCAUAGGAAUUGUUGAUUCAAAAGCCUGCGCAAGACAUUUGGACACUAAUUAUCCAGUCCAACACCAUAGCACGCGAGGUAGCGAUCGACAUGCAAAUGUUGUAAGAUCGCAAGUUCUGGUUCGGGAGCCGCUGGAAUUGGGUGCAACAAUUCCAAAGUACUUUCAAGGUGCUGGGUCAUUCGCGGAACGUGUCCUUCACGCCGCUUCCCAGAGCGCCAAGCGGUGCGUCUGCGAGGCUCAGCGGACUAAUUCUUCGUCCAGGGUUCUCUACUGCACUGCCUGUGGUCACAGCGCUUGCGAGGCAUGCGCAGGCAAACCAGAACACACUCAGUACAAAGUGGAUUGUCGGGGUCGGGUAUCUCCUGAGGAAUUUGAGGUUGCUCUUGGGUUGGCACUCCCAACAAUUGUCACUCUUUCUGGCUUGUCGACAGCUUCUCUCUGCAAAUUACGCCCAGAAACUGCUGGCCUCUCUCGUAAUCUGCCUGCAAGCAAGAAACGCAAGUCAGAAAUGGGUGCUAUCGCACAAACUGCCCUCGACGAUGAGGUCUGGAGGAGAUGGGUUGAAAUUGUGUCUCAUCUUGACAGAGCAAGUUUUCGUCUAGUUGAGAUGAGACGAUGUGUUGAAUGUUGGAAAGUACGAUACACAGAUGCGUCAAGCGCCCUUGUUCUUGAACUGACAUUAGGAGGUGUAUAUGGAAUUGUAUGGCAUGCAUUUGUUGAGCCACCUCGGGGGCGAGGUCCACUGCGAGACCGGCUUGAAGGUUUCGCAGUUCUUCGCGGUUUCGUUGAGAGUACGGGGGACAGCCUCUUGGAUGCCAACUGGAGUUUGCGGCUGCCAAUUGAUGAUGAUAUUGACCUUGAGCUGAGCUACGAUGGGCCUGUGGUAGAAUCGUUUGCAUCAUCCUUUGGAAUGGAAGAUGAGAAUAUGAUCGGCAAACAACGCUAUUCACAUAUCAAUGUGAAAGUGCUGAAGGGUGCCUCGUAUCUUGAUGAAGAUGUAUCUGGACGUCGACAACAGCGUCUAUGUUUCCCCUUAACCUGCCCCACCACUAGUGCCCCCCUCUCCCUUCAUUCAAUACACAGCGACGGCCUUGUCUCACCGGCAAUAACCCUGUGUUGUGCAGGUUAUGUGCUACUGCAUAAAUGUGCCGCGCCUUUGGGCUCCCUCCAUAAGAGGUUGGGAAACGACAGACCAGAACUUUAUCUCUUUCUUGAAUCCAAGCCUGUUGGUCCUGCAGCAUUGGAUACCUACGUCUUUGCGCGUGACUGGCGACGUCUUGCUCUGCGCGAAGCACGGUCAUCACUCGUGUGCUCACUCCAGAGAGGUUGGCACCCACUUGAGUGUACUAAAGAUAAGGCCAAUGUUACAGAGAUUAAGACAUCAACUAUUUUGGGGCGUUGGGUGCCUAUUAGUGCUGAUAUUUCCCAGGUUAAUGCGGCCGCAUAUACAGAGCAAGUUCAAACAGCCAUUUCCGUGAACGUUUCCUCUCCCUGGAACGCAAGUUCCAUUCUUGAGAUCGCAGUCGAUCUCGGGGAUCUCUGUGCGACGUCAGUAUCGCCUGUCUGGGGGGGGGCAUCGACAGUACAUCCUGAACAGUGGAAGUCGCUCACUCUGAGGGUGGUAGGCGCGUGUGGUGCUGUCGCAUCGGCGUCAAAGAUGGCCUUAGGGUUUCUGGUACCUCGACUGAAAUUACCAGUGGCACUCUCUGUCUGGCAGACAGUACAAGGGGGGUCCAGACUUGCAGCCAAAGUCCGGGCCGGACUGCCAUGUUGCACGACAUGUGCUCCCCUAGCACCAACACUAAGCUGGGUUAAAGUAGCGGGGAAAUCGAAUCAAUUCACCGCCAUUGAAGACCCAUACCUCGCAGGUGAGUACGAGCGAGCGCUAAAAAACCGACCCGCCGCCUUCGAACUAGAUUCUAAACGCGAAAAACAGCAGAAUGCUGAUAUCGGCUUUCUACGUAUCGCCAUUAAUCCCGUUGCCAUUGCUGUGCGGGCGUUCUCUGCGCUCCCGCGGUUCCUUCAGGCACGAGCUGACGGCGAAGGGAAGGUCCAACUUGACUUUCGGAUUGUUAGUAGUAAUUUUGGCAGGACAAUGCUGCCCGCUCGCUCAUUUUCUCUUUGUAGCAAUCGUGUUGACGAACAGGCUCCCCAGACUCCUGGUUUUGGCAAUGCAGCAUCGGCACUGCGGCCUGAACAACUUCGGUCAUUAACUUGGAUGCAGCGCAUGGAGGCAACAUGUGAGCCCUUUAUUGAGGAAGAAGUUGUAGAUGAAGCUCUUUCUGUUCUUGGCUGGCGAGCAGAAGCUCGUGUGCAAAUUCCUGUUGUGGUCCGAGGGGGUGUGCUUGCAGAUGCGGUUGGCUAUGGAAAAACUGCAAUUACGCUUGCAUUGAUUGACGCGCAGUGGCGAGACCAAGCCCCAGAGCUCCCUCCACACCUCUUGGGCAAGGCUAUUCCCUGUAAGGCCACUCUCGUUAUCGUACCUAAGCACCUCAUGGCACAGUGGCCAAGUGAGCUAAGAAAAUUCCUCGGUGAUCGCUACAAGUGCCUUACGAUUAUGAGUGUCGGUGAUCUAAUGCGGCUUACAAUCCCAAAAGUUCUCGAUGCGGAAAUCAUUAUCAUGUCGGUGCAGACUUUCAGAUCAAAGGCGUAUUUUGAUCAUCUUGCUGAAUUUGCCGCGGUCCAUGCUUUCCCGAGCAAGGGUGGGCGGUACUUUGAGGAGGUUCAUAGUCGGGCUCUCCAAAACAUAGAAAAGUAUGUUUCCGCGUUUCAAGCUUCUGGCCAAGCAGGUCUUGAUUCCAUGCGAAAGGCUGAUAAAAAAUCCCUGAGGGUGACACUAGCUGUGAAUACUAGUAAGAAGCAAGCCUACGAGAGCGGGGUGCCCCUGCGGGGGGCGCGUGAAUCCAAGGUUGCGCAGAGAAAAAAGUCAUCGCCCAGUGUUGUGGAAUACUUUUCGUCGGAUGAUAGUGAACAAGAAGAAAAGGCCUUUGUCAAACCGAGGGUGGAGUCGGUACGCACUAAGCGCCCUGGUCCAAAGGCACCACCUCUUGAAAUGUUUUAUUUUGCCCGAAAAGUCGUGGAUGAGUAUACAUACUUGGACCAUCGUGAUGUUCCAACUGUACAAGCCAUCAAGGCACGUUGCUCGUGGGUUCUAUCUGGCACCCCACCACUCGAGUCCUUCGAUGACGUUAAGGGCAUAGCAGCAUACUUGGGAGUGCAUCUUGGGGCGAGCAAUCCUGUGGUACUCACCAAAAAAGGUGAUCGUCCAACUGAUUCGCGUAAGGAACUGUCCAAGUCAGAGCUGUUUCAGGAGUUCUUGGAAGCGAAGUCCCAGUCGUGGCAUGCGCGUCGCCAGGAUGUUGCACAGAGAUUUUUGGACAGAUUUGUAAGACAAAAUGUAGCUGAAAUAGAUGAGAUUCGCUUUCAAGCAACAAUACAACGGGUAGUUAUGCCUGCACCGGACCGUGCUGUGUAUUUAGAGCUUGAGCAUCAUCUCCAUGCACUCGAAAUGCAGAAGGUAAAGGCCGCAGCACGUGGUAAGAAGAAAUUCCGUGAUAAGAGUGAUCGGGAGACCAGACUUUCAGAGGCUCUGGAAGGGAGCGCCGAUGCUGAGGAGGCGCUCCUGAAACGAUGUGCACGCCCAGCCUCGGCCCCCAAUACGAUAAUGAAUGGUAGUAGUGGCGACGGCAGCGAUGUUACAGCCUGUUCUAACGUUGUGUCUAAGCGCGCUGCGGAGCUGGAGAAUUGUGCAACUCAAAUUGUCAGGGAGGUUGCUGCAGCACAUCGCGUUGAGGAGGAGAUUCGGCGUUGGGCUGCAGUGAGUAUGUCCAGGCCUCUCAAUGGAGACCGAGGGUGUGAUAAUAUUUUCAAAAAGCACGGGAACAGCAUGUGGCAAGUUGAUGGAGAAAAGAAUGCUCGCGGACGGACCAAAAAAAAAGAUAAACCUGGCAAACCAUUCGAUAAAUUUACGGGUCACCAACAUAUGCGCGAGUGGUGGAACGAGCUAAAUCAGGGAAUUGGUGACAGUGAUGCAUCGGCCCAGUUGCUUGCGCUGGCUGCCGAAGGCCUAGCCAUUGCAAGUCAUAGUCUUAAAGGCGAGUCACAUGAAUUUGCAUCUGGUAUCGUACGUAGUCCCGAAGUAAGAAGAAGAUUAGACGCACAGACCCGUCCUGAGAUCAUCAAGGCAACCCGUUGUGUAGAUCUUGUCUUUCCUGAACCAAUUAUUGAGGGCGAAUCUGCUCCCGUGAGAAAACAACGGGAUGACACUCUCAAAGAGCUUUUCUGGGCUCUGCGAAACCAAGUGUAUGAACUACGAGCCUUGAACAAAGAGUACGUGGGCAGGACACGUUCCCUCCGAUUCUUUCGGGCCAUCGAGCAAGCUCAAAGAGAGUUUGUUGCUUCACAGCCGUUUUCAUCAUCUGAUCAGGCGACUAACGUACAGAUUCCACUCACCAAUCGAGCCAUCUUUUCAUGCUGCGGUCAUGUUGGCGAAACCUCAAAGAUGCGUGCAGCAGCAGCCCGAGAGGAAUGUCCAGCAGCUGGAUGCCACGCAAAUGUGCGCUCUCAUUCUGUUGUGGAAUGCGCAUCGCUUUGCCUUAAUGAAAGCAACUCAAAUGCCAAGGCGGUCACUCAUCAUGGUGCCAAGCUUGCAGAAAUCAUAGAUCUCGUGAGUGGUUUCCCAAAGGAUGAGCGGGUCCUCAUAUUUGUUCAAUUUGAGGAUCUCCUGACCCAAGUACAUGCUGUCCUCACUAAGGAGGGUUUCCCAGCGCUGAAGCUAAAAGGUACAGCUCAUCAAAUGUCGGCCAUAAUGUCAAAAUUUCAAAAAGCGAAGUUGGGAAAGAAUGAUGAGCGCAUACUUCUUCUAGAACUCCACAACGAGUCUGCAUCUGGUGCGAACCUAACUGCUGCAAAUCAUGUGAUCUUUGUGCACCCACUUCACGUAAGAUGCACAGUCUUCCCCUAGUCUCAUUUUUAUCUUGAUUCUUCUCCCUCUGAAAGUUGAUUUACACAGGUCAAGACCUUACAGAAUUACGUCAUGUGUGAGACUCAGGCCAUAGGGCGUGUUCGUCGUUAUGGACAGCGGAAAAUUGUCCAUCUUUACCGGUUCCUCGUCGAUGACUCGAUUGACAUCAAAAUAUACAAACGUCGAUGUGAUGAGCAGGCAAAGCGUUUUCGUUGAACCAGCUUGGAUUUUCCGGCUACCGGCGGACCACUGUGCUCGUAAUGCGUAGACAAGCAAGCAAGAGCAUCCUGUCCGCUGCGUCUAGUUUCGCUAUUAUUAUGGUGAGUACCUUAGAGGGACCAUCGCUAGCUACUCCGAGGUCGGAAUUCAACUCCGCGAGGUGCCCCUUUUUUAGUCGCGUCGACGUCGAGUCGGCAAGUCCCGGGUCAUUGGCGGGCCAUUCAACAUCGGAAAUCCCAAGUUGCCUUUUGGGAAAAUCCGAGCUGCCUUUUCGUAAUUGGAGACAG